GCAACAUUAUUUAAAUUUAAACAAAAAAAAAAAAAAAACAAAUACAAACACUAUCAUCGUCGUUUAAGAAUUAGUGAUAACGGUUCUUCAUUCUCUCAUUAGUCGUUUAUACUGCAGUUAAUGUUCGCACUGCUCUUAGUAGGUUGUUGUCGUUCUAGGUGACUGGUGCCUUGCGCUUUGUGUUUGAUUUUUUUUUUCCAUCCUGCCGACGCGAAUGACAAUUUGAAAUUCGAAUGAUGUAGGCGUACUCGGUUAGACGUCUUCCACGCGCAUCGAAUAUUAUCUCGGCAGUUCGUUUCGUAUUAGUCCGUGUUUUUGUGCGCUCGCGAUGUGACGGAAAAACAUGGAUCCUCGAAUAGGUAGCCGACCGACAUGAAGUCAUCCGUUCGUCGAAGACUAUUAUCGUUUCUCGUUGGUAGUAUAACUGUUUGAUACGAUCAUGUUGGUUGCAUAUCUGUUGUUCGUAACAACUCUGUUGUACGAAGCUGCGAUUUGCAACGCCAAGAAAGUCUGUUACAAGAAAUGUGAAUGCCUCGGCACCUACGUCGACUGUAGCAAAACAAUGGUUAACGCAUUUCCAGAAGCAUUACCUCAGUGGAUGGAAACUUUAGAUUUGAGCUUAAAUAAAAUUGAUGGGAAUCUGACAAUUGAUACCAAUAGUUACUUACAUCUAACAACAUUGAAACUUACCAAGAACUCAAUUUCAUAUUUUCCAGUAUUUGUGAACAAAUCAAAUAUCAGUCAUUUAAACUUAGCACAUAACAAAAUAGAAAAAUUGGAGGCUCUAGAAAAUUUACCUAACUUGAAAACUUUGGACAUGAACAAAAAUAAACUGAUAUUUUUAGAUGAUAAUACUUUUUCACAAUCUAAACACUUCAAAAUUCUAAACCUUAACAAUAAUUUUAUCACCAACUUAAGUGCAAAUUGUUUUGAUGCAUUGACAAAUUUAGUAGAAUUGAAAAUAUCUCAUAAUAAGUUGAACAAUUUACCUAUUGGAUUAUUCAAAAAACUAAAAAACCUUGAAUUACUCGAUUUAAGUAGAAAUCACAUAACUGUCAUUCAUGGUUUAUUAUUUAUGGAUUUGGUGAAUUUGAAAUCAAUGAUACUUCGACAAAAUCAAAUUGAAGAUUUACAAGAUGGAUCAUUUUUUGGAUUGAUAAAUUUACAAUCAUUACAUUUAGAAGAUAAUAAUUUAAGCAAAAUAUCCAAAGGGUGGUUAUACGGAUUGAAUUCACUUGUUUACUUAAAUAUAAGUUAUAACAGAUUAGAUCAAAUCAAAAGUGGAUGGGAAUAUUGUGCAGAACUUGAAGAAUUGGAUUUAUCCUAUAAUAAACUACAGUACAUUGAAAAAAGUAAUUUAGAAAAUUUAAGAAAGUUACAAAAACUACAUUUAAAUAACAAUAGAUUAUCAUUCAUUGAAGAAGGAUCAUUUAACAAUACACCUAUGCUACAAAUACUUCAAAUGGAUCACAAUUAUUUGUCAUGGCUUAUUGAAGAUGCAAAAGAAACUUUUAUUGGUCUGAGAAAUUUGAAAAAAUUAAGUUUAGCUAAUAAUAAAAUAUUAUUCAUUAAAAAAGAAGCAUUUUCUGGCUUAGACAAUCUAGAUGAAUUAAAUUUACUUCAAAAUAAUGUCCUAGAAAUCCAAGAUGAAGCAUUCAAAUAUAUGCCUAAUCUUGAAUAUCUAUAUUUAAAUAGUUCUUCACUAGUAUGUGACUGCUCAAUGUCGUGGCUUAAACAGCCAAAUAUAUUUGAAGAUUUACCAUUUGAUUACAUAAAUGCGUUUUGUGGCUUCCCAGAAAAAAAUAAAGGAAAAAAUUUGAAAGAAAUAUCCUUUACAGACUUCUCAUGUCUUGAGAAUAGUCCAAAACCUAUGAUAGUAUUCCAUCCUGAAUCAAAAAUGGUUCUUGAACGGCAAAACAUUACCUUAAAAUGUGGGGUAAAUUCUUCAUCAACUGAAAAAAUUAAUUUUGUUUGGAAAAAAGAUAAUCAUGAUUUAGAAUCUAUUUCUACAAACCAUUAUUCAUCCUUUGAGUUCAAUGGUAUGACACAAUUUUCUGUUUUAAACUUGUAUAAUAUAUCGAUGUCACAAAGUGGUAAAUAUCAAUGUGUUGCUUCCAAUGAGUUUGGUAUCACUUAUUCUAAUCGUUCAGUCUUAUCAGUUGUUGUUUAUCCAUUUUUUGCUAAAGUCCCUGGAAAUAGCUCUGUAAAGACUGGUCUUACUGCUAAGUUAGAAUGUGCUGCAAAUGGAUAUCCAGCUCCUCAAAUAUCUUGGCAAAAAGAUGGAGGAACUGAUUUUCCAGCAGCACAAGAACGUCGUAUGAAAGUAAUGGCUAGAGAUGAUGUAUUUUUAAUUGUCGAUGUAAAAUUAGUUGACAUGGGCAUAUAUAGCUGUACUGCCAAAAAUGUUGCUGGAAUGAUAGCUGCAAAUGCAACACUAAAUGUUUUAGAACCCCCUUGGUUUAAAACUGAAAUGUCCAACAAACAAGUUAGGGUUGGCGAAGAAGUCGUUUUAGAGUGUUUAAGUUAUGGAUCCCCAAAACCAAAAAUAAAAUGGACUAAAGAUGGCAUUAUUCUUACCUUGAGUAAUAGACACUUUUUUACUGCUGAAAAUCAACUUUUAGUUAUAAUGGAAGCAAAUACAGAUGAUUCAGGCACUUAUCAAUGUGAAAUAACUAAUUCUUUAGGAGUAAAUAGUCAAAAAGUUGAUGUUCUAGUUAUGCCAUUGUAUCGAAGUUUAAUUCACGAAUAUACUCUUGGAUUGGUCAUCAUUGUAAUAAUUAUGUGCAUUAUAAUUAUAAUAGCAAUUUGGGUAUUAUUUGUUUAUAAAGCAAAACGCCCUUCAUCAAAUUUGAUCAAUAAUGCCGAUAAUAAAUCGUUGGAUUCUUCGAACAGCAAAGACAGUGGUACAGGUGAAUCUACUAAAAGAAGUCAAGAACAAUUAUUCAAUGAAUUAGGUUUGAGUACGGGUCAGAAAUUGAAUAAUAAUGUUGGCAAUUUAUCCCCUGAAAUAAAUUUGCCGUUACUUACACACGCUUCUGUUGUUCUUGGCGAAAAUUCUGUUACGUACAAAAAUUCAAAAACUGCCAUCCAAUUACCAACUGCAAAACCAAAUGAAACUGUUGAAGACCAAACGACGAAAUGUGAUAAAAGUUCUGAAAGACCAUGUUCUAAACCAACUCCACUACCAAAUGAGACUCAGAAUUCACCUCCAAUUGCUCAACAGUCAAGUUCUCAUGCCAGCUUUCAUGAACCGUCUAUUGAAGUUUGUUAGUUUAUAACUUAAAAAAAAUUUAAGAAGUUUUUUAUCUGCCUAUAGUAUUAUAUAGAAUGUAUAUAUUGUUUUUUUUCCUACUAUUAUUCCAAGACCAAUAGUAACCUUUGCCUGUGACUUUUGGUCCAUUAAAAAAUAAAGUAAUUAAAAAAACUUGCGAUAUGAAAAAGGAAAGUCUUAGAAACAUUUGCGGACUAAUGUUAUAUAACAACCUAGAAAUACACGAAAAAAGACAUAAUGAAGAGCUGUAUUCUCUUCAAGCAAAAUCCAAUAUACUCAUAUUUAUAAGAAAUACGUGACUAGAAUGGCUGGGAUGUGUAUAGAGUACAAAAUAAGGACGUAUUAACAAAUGUCCCAUAGGAAAAUAAACAAGAAAAGAUCACUUGAAGAUCUAAAUGGAAAAAUACUGUAAAUAAGAAUAUUAGAUGCAACAAUAGAAAGGAGUUUGGAUAAGAAAAAUGGAGAAGCUUAUUAGUGGCAGUGCAGGAUUGUGAUCAUGGAUCGUUAAGCUGUCGAUUCUGAUUAUUAUUCCGACUUAAUCCUACUUAGAUAUUAUUGAAAUAUCAAAAUGGUUCCUGUCUUUAAUUUUUGUUUUUUUAAUAAUUUUAAGAUUAUUUUAUUUGAAUAUAUUAACAAAAUAAUGUAAUACUUCUAUUUACUUUAAACCUUCGACAUGAGUUUUUUUUUUUUUAAAUGAUUUGUAUUUAUUGUGAUUGUAAUUUCCAUAAGCUAACUCAAUUAUUAAGAAGGUGAAUUGAUACGUAUUACUGUUAAAAUGCUUUCAAUUUUUUACUUGUAUUGUUAUUGAACUUUAUAUGACUAUUAAUAGCAUAUGCCAGAAUAUUAUUUUUAUUGUUGGUUAAUUAACAAUUUAAUUAGCUACUACUAAAUUAUAACACAAUGCAUUGAACUCUUGAUUAUUCCUGAGCUAACUAUCUGUAGUCUUCCUCAAAACUAUAAUGAAUUAUUUAUCUUCCACCCAGGGGUUUGGUAUCUGAAGACGACAUACUUUUUUGUCAAGUUUCGCUUCCAAUGUAAAAAUUUGCUCAUGAUUACUGUACCACCCUUAUCAAGAGUUUACUGUAACUAUUUUUAUUUCAAUUGUUACAAAUUGUGUUUUACGAUUUUUAUAUGUAUUAUGGAUCUCAUUACAAAU